UCAGUCUCGCGUUCACCGCCCGGCUGAGGAGGUGAAAGUUUCUCCCCAGGAAGAUAAACCGCAAAAGACAAUAUUGUGCAUGAUUUGCGCCUUUUUUUUGCGGAGCGAAAAAAAAAAAAAAAAAAAAGGCCCCCCGAAAAAAAAAAUCGGGUGAGUGUGGGGAAGCUCGAAGAGGAGAGAGAAACAAUCUCUCGGCCACUUUGCAACAUUCCUAUAGCCAAAAAAAUCACUGAAGGAAGUUUCUUUUUUGUUUUGGUUUUUUAAUUUUUUUUUUUUUUUUGCUGCCUGUGUUGAACUCUCGCCGUUAUUGUUAUUUGCAGCCAGUUUAUUUUUGAGCUCACCCAACCCCCCUCUCCCCACUUAAACCUCCCUGAAAAGUCAAAGCAGAGAGACAGUGAAUAUUUUUGGGGCACGUUUUUAUUAUUAUUAUUAUUUGCAACUGCGAAGAUCUCUUCCCCCGUUCCGCACCAGUCUUUUUUUUUUUUUUUUCUCUUUUUUUUCCUUCCCCCUGCGCUGAUGCCGAAGGGGGUGUUUUUGAUGUGGUUGCUUUGGUGGUGAUCGUCGCUGACUUUCCAAAGAGGGUGUUUUCGCUGCCGCUGCUGCUGCUGCUGCUUCUCUCCGCGUUGUGUGUGUGCGCGCGUGCUUUUUUUUUGGUUGCUGCAUCGACGCUGGGAAGAUGCUUCUGGAUGCUGGACCGCAGUAUCCCGCCAUAGGAGUCACUACCUUCGGAUCCUCUCGCCACCACUCCACGGCCGAUGUCACGGACAGAGAAGUGGGGCUGGGGAUCAACCCCUUCGCCGACGGCAUGGGCGCCUUCAAAAUCAACCCCAGCACCCACGAGCUGGCCUCGGCCGGCCAGACCGCCUUCACCUCGCAGGCGCCCGGCUACGCGGCGGCGGCCCUGGGGCACCACCACCACCCGACCCAUGUCAGCUCCUAUUCCAGCGCCGCCUUCAACUCCACCCGGGACUUUCUGUUCCGCAACCGCGGCUUCGGGGAGGCGGCGGCCGCCAGCGCCCAGCACAGCCUCUUCGCCUCCGCUGCCGGCAGCUUCGCCGGACCCCACGGACACACAGAUGCCGCGGGACAUAUACUUUUCCCGGGGCUGCACGAACAAGCCACCAGCCACGCUUCGCCUAACGUGGUGAACGGGCAGAUGCGCCUGGGCUUCUCCGGAGACAUGUACGGCAGACCCGACCAGUACGGCCAGGUCACCAGCCCCCGCUCCGAGCACUACGCCUCGACCCAGCUGCACGGCUACGGCCACAUGAACAUGAACAUGGCAGCCCACCACGGGGCAGGGGCCUUCUUUCGUUACAUGAGGCAGCCCAUCAAACAGGAACUCAUCUGUAAGUGGAUUGAGCCCGAGCAAUUGUCAAACCCCAAAAAGUCCUGCAACAAAACUUUCAGCACGAUGCACGAGCUGGUGACUCAUGUCACGGUGGAGCACGUUGGAGGACCCGAGCAGUCCAAUCACAUAUGUUUCUGGGAAGAGUGUCCAAGAGAAGGGAAACCUUUCAAGGCCAAAUAUAAACUUGUAAAUCACAUCAGAGUCCACACAGGUGAAAAACCUUUCCCCUGCCCUUUCCCAGGCUGUGGCAAAGUGUUUGCCAGAUCAGAGAAUCUCAAAAUACACAAAAGAACUCAUACAGGUGAAAAACCAUUUAAGUGUGAGUUCGAGGGCUGUGACAGGCGCUUUGCAAACAGCAGCGACCGCAAAAAGCACAUGCAUGUGCACACUUCCGACAAGCCCUAUCUCUGCAAAAUGUGCGACAAGUCCUACACGCACCCCAGCUCCCUCCGAAAGCACAUGAAGGUCCAUGAAUCAUCCUCGCAGGGGUCCCAGCCUUCUCCCGCCGCCAGCUCAGGCUACGAGUCCUCCACCCCUCCAACCAUCGUGUCUCCAUCCACAGAAAACCAGACUGCCAGCUCCUUAUCCCCUUCCUCCUCCGCAGUCCAUCACACGUCCAGCCACAGCACGCUUACAUCAAAUUUUAACGAAUGGUACGUCUAAAACGCUAAAACAAAACAACAACAACAACAAAACACAAACCGAAACAAAAAAAAAGCCCCAAGCGAGCAAAUAAAUACCCUAUUUAAAGACUCCAAAAUAAUGGACACUCUGAAAUCAAAAUUUAAAU